GCAGAGCUGGGCAGCCGAGGGUUGUUUCGCCGCUCUGGGAGUUUUUGUUAUCAAAACCAACGAUAUAUUCCCUCUUUUUUUUCGUAUAAUCUAUUUUUGACGCGAACACAACUUGAUUUUCCCUCCUCGUUUGUUGUAAUUGACUGUUUAACUGGCAACUAGCGACCGCGUCGAGUCAAGUGGGAACUCUUCACUGCAAUUAACUGGUUUGCUGCUGAUGCGGAGCGGGGACCGCCGGGCUGCGAGGAUUGUCUUUUCCCCUGGUUUGUGUGUUUUGUGCUCGGAAUACAUUGAAGUGCAAACAAGAGAAACAUUAGAGUGAGCGGAGAGUGCUGCUCUCACCUGGUUCCCCCCCCGGCUGAUGAAGGGCUGGCCGGGCUGUUCCGGGUGAUCUGCGGCGGGAGAGACCACCGUGACCCGGGCAGGAGCGCCUCACCCCGGACCGAGCAGCGGCUCCUGCUCGCUGCCGAGGACCGCCGGUCCUUUCAUUGAGAAAAACACGGAUGGCUUCGUCUCCGUAAUCGGGAGGCUCGCAUCAACUUAUUGUGCUUUAUUAUUUGAUUCCUUGUUAGCGGGUUUUUUAAGGAGGACACUGUUGUUUCCCCCCCGGAGGUAACGAUGUUUCCCCAAGGGCGACACCCGACACCCCAUCAAGCUCCAGGCCAGCCCUUCAAAUUCACCAUCCCAGAAUCACUGGACCGCAUCAAGGAGGAGUUCCAGUUUCUCCAGGCUCAGUACCACAGUCUUAAGAUGGAGUGUGAGAAGCUGGCCAGUGAAAAAACAGAGAUGCAGAGACACUAUGUCAUGUACUAUGAGAUGUCGUAUGGCCUCAACAUUGAAAUGCACAAACAGACUGAGAUUGCCAAGAGACUAAACACCAUCUGUGCACAAGUCAUUCCUUUCCUCUCACAGGAGCAUCAGCAGCAGGUAGUUCAAGCUGUGGAGCGAGCUAAACAGGUGACCAUGGCAGAGCUUAAUGCUGUCAUCGGGGUACGUGGACUGCCAGGGCUUCCUCCUACACAGCAGCAUCUAUCUCAUAACCACGGUGGUGCCCCCGUGCCCCUAACCCCUCACCCCGCUGGCCUUCACCCUUCUCAGCUCGGUGGUUCAGCUGGUCUUCUGGCACUGUCGGGAGCACUUGGUUCUGUCCCUCCUCAUCUGGCAGGAAAAGAUGGUGGUGAUAAAAAACCUCACCUGUCUGGAGCAGACUCGCACCCUGCUGGCCCUGACCACCUGAGAGAGCGAGAGCCUGGCACAAGUAACUCAAUGCUGCCGGAAAGUCUUAGAAACUCAGAUAAGAGACGCAAUGGUCCAGAUUUUCCAAAUGACACAAAGAAACGCAAGGUGGACGAUAAGGACUCUGUCCACUAUGACAGCGAUGGAGAGAAAAGUGAUGACAAUUUAGUAGUGGAUGUCUCAAAUGAGGACCCCACCUCACCUCGAGGCACACCUCUUCCCUCCCCUAGAGAAAAUGGCUUGGAUAAAGGACGCCUUCUCAAGAAAGAUCCCAGUAGUCCAGCAUCUACUGCCUCAUCGGCCAGUUCCUCCUCUCUCAAGUCCAAAGAGAUGGCAAUGCGGGAUAAGGCUGGUACCCCUGGACUAAAGUCAAGCACACCCACACCUAGAGGUGACUCUACCCCUGGUCCAAGCUCAACACCUGGCAUUCGACCAAAUCUAUCAAAGCCUUCAUCCAUGGAUAUACCACAUCCACCUACUGCAGGUUUGCGAACACCUUUGGCUGUACCAGGCCCAUAUCCUGGUGCAUUUGGUAUGUUGCCCCAUGCAGUAGGGAUGAAUGGGGAGCUAGCAGGUGCAGCUGGUGCUGCAGCCUAUGCUGCUGGACUGCAUAACAUGUCACCUCAGAUGAGUGCUGCAGCUGCAGCCGCUGUGGCUGCAUACGGCCGUUCACCCAUGGUUGGUUUUGAUCCUCACCCUCAUAUGCGAGUUCCUGGAAUGCCUCCUAGUCUCACGGGAAUCCCCGGUGGCAAACCGGCCUACUCCUUUCAUGUUGCGGCCGACGGACAGAUGCAGCCAGUCCCGUUCCCCCCAGAUGCUUUAGUGGGCCCGGGAAUCCCUCGACAUGCCCGUCAGAUCAACACACUGAACCAUGGAGAGGUGGUGUGUGCCGUCACCAUCAGUAAUCCCACCCGACACGUUUACACAGGAGGAAAGGGUUGUGUCAAGGUCUGGGACAUUAGUCACCCGGGAAACAAGAGCCCUGUGUCCCAGCUUGAUUGUCUGAAUCGAGACAACUACAUUCGCUCCUGCCGUCUCCUUCCUGAUGGCAGGACGCUUAUCGUAGGUGGUGAGGCGAGUACGUUGUCCAUCUGGGAUUUGGCCACACCCACUCCCAGGAUUAAAGCAGAAUUAACGUCAUCAGCACCAGCAUGCUACGCUCUGGCCAUCAGUCCGGACUCCAAGGUCUGUUUCUCUUGCUGCAGUGAUGGAAACAUUGCAGUCUGGGAUUUACACAACCAGACACUUGUUAGGCAGUUCCAGGGCCACACGGAUGGAGCCAGCUGUAUUGACAUCUCCAAUGAUGGCACCAAGCUGUGGACCGGAGGCCUGGAUAACACCGUCCGCUCCUGGGAUCUGAGGGAAGGAAGGCAGCUGCAGCAGCACGACUUUACGUCACAGAUCUUCUCUCUUGGUUACUGUCCAACAGGAGAAUGGCUUGCUGUUGGAAUGGAGAGCAGCAACGUUGAGGUCCUUCAUGUCACAAAGCCCGACAAAUACCAGCUACACCUGCACGAGAGCUGUGUACUUUCCCUACAGUUUGCCUACUGCGGCAAGUGGUUUGUGAGUACAGGCAAAGACAACUUACUGAAUGCAUGGAGAACACCCUACGGAGCCAGCAUAUUCCAGUCUAAAGAAUCGUCCUCGGUGCUAAGCUGUGACAUAUCUGUGGAUGAUAAGUACAUCGUUACCGGUUCAGGGGACAAGAAGGCCACAGUUUAUGAAGUCAUCUACUGAGAAACAUUUCCUCUUUCCCACUUUUUUUUUUUUUAAAUAUAUAUAUAUUUUUUGAUUUUUUUUUUUCAUGUGGAACCAGAAAUCAGACAAGAACGACCUGACUGGCACUUUUUUUUCCAUCUGCUAUAAAGAAAAGACACGAGACAUUGUGCCUGCAAACAUGAUGAAAUAUGAGCUGGGGAUUAAUUGGACCAGUUGGAUGUUUAUGCGUGGAUGCUGAAGUCGGUUGCCUUCUGCCGUGGACUAGCCGGGCUUCAGUUACUACAAGACUCUUUGUGACUGGAUCCAGACUUUUGAUAGAGGCAUGAACUGCAACAUUGAAAUACACUAUAUCUGGUGAUGCAACCAGAAACACCAGAGCAAGCUAUUGGAAUCAAAUGGUAAAUAUGUAAAGAAGUGACCAAGGGAAAGAAAACCAUGGACACGAACGAACAGAAUGUGGAGAUUUUUAUAUUUUCUUUAGACACUUAAAACCUGUUAAUCUCACAACAUGGACUCUUUGAACUUACCUCCUCAAGUUGUUGUUCUGAUACUCCUACACUGUUUGAAAAGUACCCUUUCUGUCUUAACAGUAAGUCUUUUUCUUACUAACUGCACUGUAGUGGUAGCUGUCCACUUACAUGAUGUACUUAAGUACUUCGAAUGCCCAAUGGAACGUUUGAAGAUGCUGAAAGCGAUGCUGGCAUGUCUCAUGCUACGCUGUUGUAAACUUCCAGGGUAAGUUGAACUUUGUGCUUUCCCUUUCAUGCUUAAUUAAGAGAUGGAAAAGUGUAUUAAAUACUGUGACGUUGAGAGUUAUUAGCUUAACAAGACAUAUAAGGUUCAAAACAGUGUUUUUAAGUGUUCUUAAAAAAGGCUCAACUUGGUUUAUUUGGGGAAAAAAACGCACUGUGAUGUAAGUGUUUCAAUAGAUUUUUUUCUAUACUCACAUUUUCAGACAGUAGAUGAGAUAAAUUAGGACAUAUCCAGAAUAUCAGCUGGAUGAAACUGUAUUUGAACAUCCGGAGGGGACGGGGGCAGUGACAUAAGCAUACAUACUGUGAUUGGAUUUCACAGCCCUUAAACGAAAUACUUAAGCAGAACAGAAUCAGCAGGUCUGCACUGUUACAAAGUCAUCCCCACUCUGCCUCCAUCAGGCUGUGAAACACUUGACGUCUUGUUACAUUAAUGCUUAUUUAUAUUUGGAACAACUGGAACAAACCACAGUUAUCUAGACAUGCGAUUUAAUGUUCUUGUAUAUCUUGGAAAUGCUGGUGAAAGAGUAGAGGGAAAGAAAAUCCCCACUUCUGCCACAAACAUUGAACAAAUAACAUGGUUUUCGCCACAUAUUGUCACUCGUCUUAACUGGUACCCUUGGACUGGGACAGUAGCUGAAACGCCUUGAAGCAAAACACUGUCAUAUUGUUUCCACUUAAAAUAAAACAUUGUAAGACUAUAAGGUUAAAUUAUUAAGGGUUUUGGAGGUGUGCGGAAAAGAUGCAGUCAUACUUAAGUUUGGAGAGGAGUCCUUGAGAUUCAGCAAUCUUUUUUUUUUAAAGCUUAUUUGAUUUGUCUAAUUACAUGACCUUGUUUGUUUUUUAAAUCUAUUUUUUUCUUUGUCUGUAAAAAUGUAUAUAUCUUUUUUUCCUUGCAAGGCAUGCUUUAGAAAUAAAGGUUUUGUACGUCUUUUACAUUUAAUCAGGAGAACUACAUAAUGUCUUAAGGCAACACACUUAAAUUGAAGUAUCUAGAUAAUAAAUGUGAUUUUUGUUUGUU